AUGUCUGCAGCACACCUGACCGCUGCUGUUAAUAUUCUGCCGCUUUUUAGCUACACAAAUUACAUUUUGUUUUACAUCCAGGGCCAGUGGCGUAGCCAGGGGAAUCCCCCCAAUACCCCCCAAAAAUGUGGCGAUGCAGACUCGCAGUUUCAUCUGGACGUGUCGUUUGGACGUGUUGACGGAUUUAAAGGACUGGUUUUCCUGACUCAGCUGGCUUGUCUGGCAGCUUGCAACCUAUGGGAACCUGAGGAACUGCAUCACAAGAGUGAAAGGGACGCCCACCUAGCACUUCUUCGAGGAUGGUGCCUUGAAGAAGGGAGGACUGCGCCUAAAGUGAAUGCCAUGGCAGGCAAUGUGCUGAGGCUUGGGCCAUGUGGAACUGGAGGCAGCCAAGUCAUCAAAGAUAAGACUUCGGCUCAUUCAGAAACCAUGUGA